AUGCUGAUUUUACAGGUGCCCGCCAUCGUUGGGGACAACACGGCCCUCACGAACCUCAAUCUUAGCGGCAACAGCCUCAAAGACCUCCCAGACACCAUCAAUUCCCUCUCGGCUUUGACCCGCCUCGACCUCUCCAACAACAAGCUCAAAACUCACUCCAUCCUUCCCGUGGGAAGGAAACAAAAGGGGCCGCGCCUAGUAUCCCUGGAGGUGUUGCGAUUGGACGGUAACCGUCUCACGGAGGGGCCGGACAUGGUGGAAACACUCAAGACGCUAACAGAACUAGAUGUGUCCAACAAUCCCAUAAAAAACUGGAGCCUCGAUGUGUCCAACCUCCGCAAGAUGAAACACCUGCGACUGGGGGGGGUUGAUCUGGACCGAUGCCCAGAAGGAAUAGGGCACCUGAACAAGCUAGAAAGUAUCGACUUCUCCGAAAACCGCAUCGAUACUCUCGAUCAAUCAAUGGCUGCUUUGUUCAAGCUAAAAAAGCUGGGCCUCAGGGGCAACAACAUCAGGGAUCUAGGGUCUUGCGUUGGUAGCAUGAUCUCCCUGACGUCUCUCGACGCCGGUGGGAACAAUCUGGACCUGGUUUCUCCCGAGCUGUCUCGCUGCACGGCGCUUGAGGCCCUUGACGUGAGCGGUGGGACGAUAAACCAACUGCCGGACGGGUUGUCUAUGCUCACCAGGCUCAGGGUUCUCCGAGCCCAAGAUAACGAGCUUAGGGCGAUACCCCCCGACUUCGAAACGCUAACAGCGCUCGAGGAGCUUCGCCUGGGCGGAAACCAGCUCAGCAGCCUUCCGGCCUCCUUGCACACCCUAACGAAGCGAACGCCCUCCCCCUCCCCCACCAAACACACGAAAAUAAACGGAAAGGAUUGGGAAGAGGCGGCCCGGCUCCUGAACGUGGCAGCCGAGGCCUACGAGGACGUAGUCCACGUCGUGCCCGACUUCCCUGAUGUUGCCGGCGAGGGUCCUGCUCUUGCCAAGACGAGGCCUCACGACAUGGACACGUUCCACCACGUCAACUUGGCUAUGGCGCACCUGCAGGGGGCUAGGAAGGUUGCGAUCGAGAUCGAUGACAUGACCGGAAAGACGGAUGGGGCCUCCGGGAGCAGCGUCGCAGGGAGUUUGAGCUUGCAGAGCGUAGACAUGACGGAGGACUCCUCCAUGGUCACUACGUCGAUGGACACCGGAGAGCGCGAAGAGCGCCGUCAACAGGAAGUGGAACGUGCAUACCUGCGGGAAAAGAGAAACCACCACCAUGGAGCCGCUCUAUUAGCCUUCUCUUACGCAGAUCAGCUAGAGCAGCUGUCACGCCCGGUGGGGCGAUCGGCGGGAGUGUGGUUGGGCAGGGCGGCCGUCACGGCUGAAAUGGGCAACCCUGGAGUUGCACUGGAUGAUCUGGAACUCGCUUUGGUUCAACUCCGGAAGAACGCAAAGGGAAGGAGGGAACAGAGGAAUGCGACAUCAGUCGAGUGGGGCCUACUUAGAGGCGUCCGCUUCUCUUACUGGUUCCGCACAAACCACUGUCGAAAGGUCCGGUUUCUGCUUGCCAAGUCGAGGAUAGAGCUGGGUCAGUACCAGCGGGGUUUGACCGACUGUGAGGUGGCUUCACGUCUGUUGGAUUUCGAAGAACGUCUUCUGGGGGAGAGAGAAGCCGAGCAGGAACGUAAGGAAAAAAAAGCGGAGUCGGAUCGCAAGACGAACGAGAGGUUGGCCGUCCGACAGCGCCAAGCAGCGGAGGCAGAGGCGGAAGCGAAACGGUUAGAAGAAUCUGCCAUGGCAGACGUGAAGGAAGAUAAAGAGGAAGCCGUGGUAGUGGAAGAAAGCUCGAUAGCUGCUUCCAAAGCUGAUAGUUCGUCUCCCGAUGGGACAAGAUCAGAUCAAUCAGCAGCCGGCAAUACUGUUGUCACCGCGAUACCAUCGACAAAAACAGCUGCAGUCGAUUCCUCCGAGGAAGGAAGCAAGCAAGCCGAGGCUUUCGCCCUUACCGGAGAUGCAGUCGCGGCUGCCGACAGCGCCGAUUCAGCAGGGGAGAUAGGAGAUACCUUGCCGACUAUCACUGAAGAAGAACCCCCCGUUCCGGAAGCAGGAGAGGUUGUUGGCAAUUCGUCCAUCUCCGAAGACGAUUCGGACAAAACGGGACACCAAGGCCAGGCCAUAGACGAGAGGGGUGCCAGAGAAAGAGCGGACGGCGGCAGGUCAGAGGCGGAGCCAAGUUCCGAAAAUAAGCGCCCUAUUACAACAUCACCGACGCAAAACGAAGAAAGCUUACAGGAGAGCCUGUGGUUAGAAGCAGCCGGGGGGUUGUCGUCGCGAGAAAAUGAACUCCGAGAGGGAGGGAGUCUCGGAAGCGCUUCUGUUGGCACUGCUCCCAACACCGAUGGAAAGAGAAAUCAAAGGAACUCGGUGAAAGACAGCCCCGCACGGGCAGAGCUAUCGAAACAAAGAGCAGACAUCGCGCUUCUCGUGGCACAAGCGAAAGAGGGGAUGGCCUAUGUCGCCCAGUCCAUCGACAUGGCCGAUAUUAAGAGGGGAUUCGUGUUCACCCCGCAUGGAGUGCCGGUAAGGGACACCGCUAUCAGACGGGAACUUCUGCGGGACGGGCGGAGCACUCUCCGCACAAGGUCUGAAUUGAAGCGUCAAGAGUGGGGGGUUAACAAGAAGGUUGUGCACUCAAUUCGCGAACGACUGUAG